UUCGACCUCCGUCUGAAUUCGGCUAAAUAGCAACCCUAUUAUGUAAACGCGCAAAACUCGUACUUCUACUCUCACGCCUGGUUUGAUUCCUGUGUGUGUUCUUGUUCUGCUCUUCGCCUCAUUUACCGUUCUCCCCUGAGAUCUUGCCGCCUUAAAGGCGAGAUCGAAUAUAAGGAAGCUCAUCUAGCUAUCUUGUACUCCUGCUGCCACCCGCGCUCGGCCGUCUCUCAUGGGAUUCCGCUAACGAUUGCAUCUUACCCUUGAUUUGACGUCGAAGAACCAAAAUGGAGAAUGGGGAAAUUGAGAGCGCUGAUGAGGAAAUGGCUUCUAGGGGAGGCAGACGCUACACAAGAGUUGUCUCCCAUGAACAAGCAGCCAUUCAAAUGUCCCCCAUUGAGAUAAUUUCUCCAUCUGGGAUCCUGCCAAAAAAAGAAAAAGCAAACUUUCAGGCAAACAGCAAUGGUAGCCAAGGGACUUCUAAUGGUCAAGAUGGGCAGGGUGAAUUGCAAAAACAAUCCAAGUUGGAGCUAUUUGGUUUUGAUUCUCUUGUCAAUAUAUUGGGGCUCAAGAGUAUGACAGGGGAGCAAAUUCCAGCACCUUCUAGCCCCAGUGAAGGCGAAGAUGUAGCUAUUACACUUGGUCGUCCUAAGGAAACUGCUCCCAAACUGGGGACUAUGAUGGGCGUUUUUGUCCCUUGUUUGCAAAACAUCCUGGGCAUUAUCUACUACAUUCGAUUUUCCUGGAUUGUAGGCAUGGGUGGCAUUGGUGAAUCGCUUAUGCUGGUUUCUUUCUGUGGUGCUUGCACUUUUUUGACAUCUAUAUCAUUAAGUGCAAUUGCUACAAACGGGGCAAUGAAGGGUGGGGGACCAUAUUAUCUUAUUGGUCGAGCCCUUGGUCCAGAAGUUGGUGUCAGUAUUGGUUUAUGCUUCUUCCUUGGGAAUGCUGUUGCUGGAGCACUUUAUGUACUCGGAGCUGUUGAAACAUUCUUAGAUGCUGUGCCAAGUGCUGGAUUUUUCAGAGAGAGUGUUGUAGUUGUCAGCAAUAGCACAUCAAUAAAUGGUACAGUAACAAAUGUAACUUCAACCACUGUAUCAACUCCAAGCUUGCAUGAUCUACAACUCUAUGGGGUGGUUGUGACCAUUCUACUUUGCUUUAUUGUAUUUGGUGGUGUGAAAAUUAUCAACAAGGUUGCCCCGGCUUUCCUUGUCGCUGUCCUAUUUUCAUUGUUCUGCAUAUUUGUUGGGACUUUUGUAGCUCCAAGACAUAAUGCUUCAAGUGGGAUAACUGGAGUGAAAUCAAAGACAUUUAGAGAUAACUGGAGUUCAGAUUACCAGCGUACAACUAAUGCUGGGGUUCCUGACCCGAACGGGUCUAUUUAUUGGAACUUUAACGCAUUAGUUGGUCUCUUUUUUCCUGCAGUGACGGGAAUCAUGGCAGGGUCGAAUCGUUCUGCAUCUUUGAAAGAUACACAGCGCUCCAUACCAAUUGGAACAUUGGCCGCUACGCUUACAACAACGUUUAUGUAUUUGGUAUCAGUGUUAUUAUUUGGAGCAUUAGCCACUAGAGAAGAGCUUUUGACAAACAGGCUUCUUACUGCUGAAGUUGCUUGGCCUGUUCCGGCAAUUGUGUAUGUUGGGAUCAUUCUCUCAACUUUAGGUGCUGCAUUGCAGAGUUUGACGGGUGCUCCACGUUUGCUGGCUGCCAUAGCUAAUGAUGAUAUUCUUCCUGUUCUUAAAUAUUUCAAAGUUUCAGAAGGCGGAGAACCACAUCUUGCUACUCUGUUUACAGCCUUCAUAUGCAUUGGGUGUGUCGUGAUUGGAAACCUUGAUCUAAUCACACCGACUAUAACUAUGUUUUUCCUUCUAUGUUAUGCGGGUGUAAAUUUAUCUUGUUUCCUUCUAGACCUUCUUGAUGCCCCUAGUUGGCGGCCCCGAUGGAGAUUUCACCAUUGGAGUCUCUCGCUUAUUGGCGCCUUGAUCUGCAUAGUGAUCAUGUUCUUAAUCUCAUGGUCUUUUACUGUGGUAUCGCUAGCUCUUGCUAGCCUCAUAUAUUAUUAUGUUAGCAUUAAAGGGAAGGCCGGCGACUGGGGUGAUGGAUUUAAGAGUGCAUAUUUUCAGUUAGCUUUACGAAGUCUUCGUUCUCUAGGCGCAAAUCAGGUACAUCCAAAAAAUUGGUACCCAAUCCCCCUGGUCUUCUGCCGUCCAUGGGGCAAGCUUCCAGAAAACGUUCCUUGUCAUCCCAAGCUUGCAGACUUCGCCAAUUGUAUGAAGAAGAAAGGUCGUGGCAUGUCCAUGUUUGUAUCUAUCAUUGACGGCGACUAUCAAGAAUUGGCAGAAGAUGCUAAGAUUGCUUGUCGUCAGCUCAGCACAUAUAUCGACUACAAGAACUGCGAAGGUGUAGCUGAGAUUGUGGUGGCACCAACAAUGGCUGAUGGAUUCCGCGGCAUUGUACAGACCAUGGGCCUCGGCAAUCUCAAACCAAAUAUUGUUGUCAUGAGAUACCCGGAGAUUUGGCGCCGCGAGAACCUGACCCAGAUACCUUCCACCUUUGUUAGCAUCAUUAAUGACUGCAUUAUUGCGAACAAGGCGGUCGUAAUUGUCAAGGGUCUUGAUGAGUGGCCUGGUGAGUACCAGAGACAGUAUGGAACCAUUGACCUCUAUUGGAUUGUAAGGGAUGGUGGCCUCAUGCUCCUAUUAUCUCAGCUCCUGCUUACUAAAGAGAGCUUUGACAGCUGCAAGAUCCAGGUCUUCUGCAUAGCUGAAGAAGAUGCCGAGGCCGAGGAACUGAAGGCUGAUGUCAAGAAAUUCCUGUAUGAUCUUAGGCUGCAAGCCGAGGUUAUUGUCAUCACAAUCAAAUCAUGGGAGGCUCAUUUGAAGAGCGGGCAUCAGCAGGACGAGUCCAUGGAAGCAUUCAGUAGUGCACAACAGCGCAUUGGUGCUUAUCUGGAGGAAAUGAAGGAAACAUCUCAUAGAGAAGGGACUCCAUUGAUGGCAGAUGGAAAGCAAGUUGUGGUGAAUGAGCAGCAGGUUGAUAAGUUUCUUUACACAACACUCGAAUUGAAUUCAACAAUACUAAGAUACUCGAGGAUGGCCGCCGUAGUACUGGUAAGUCUCCCACCACCCCCUUUAAGCCAUCCAUCAUAUUUUUACAUGGAGUAUAUGGAUCUGCUUGUUGAGAAUGUGCCAAGGAUGUUGAUAGUUAGGGGAUAUAGAAGAGAUGUUGUCACUCUGUUCACAUGACAUCUAGACUUCAAAACACAUUUCCUUGCGUUUUAAUUUGUCUAUUGCUUUUGAUUGCUAGACACAUCAUAAGUUGAAUUCAUUCUUUAUAUUGCUCUCGAAGUAAAGGUAAAUUUUUGUACAAUAGUUUGUAGUGGGUCUCCUAGAUGCAGGAUAAUCCUUUCUGUAUUAGCCUGUUUGUUCGUUAAAGCACCAUUUGUUGAGAAGUUCUCAUUAUGAAAGA